AUGGUCCUCAUCUUCAUCCUCAGGAUCCUCAUCCUCACCCUCCUCAUCCUCGUGGUCCUCAGGAUCCUCAGCCUCAUCAUCUUCAUCCUCAAAGUCCUCGGCUCCACCAUCCUCAUCCUCCGAUCCUCAGCCUCAUCGUCUUCAUCCUCAAGGUCCUCGGCUCCACCAUCCUCAUCCUCCUCAUGGUCCUCAUCUUCAUCCUCAGGAUCCUCAUCCUCCUCAUCCUCACCAUCCUCAUCCUCAUGGUCCUCAGGAUCCUCAGCCUCAUCUUCUUCAUCCUCAUCCUCCUCAUCCUCACCCAUCUCAUCCUUAUGGAUCCUCAGCCUCAUCUUCCUCAUCCUCACCAUCAUCAUCCUCAGGAUCCUCAGCCCCUCCAUCUUCACCCUCACCAUCCUCAUCCUCAUGGUCCUCAGGAUCCUCAGCCUCUUCAUCUUCAUCCUUAAGGUCCCUGGUCCCACCAUCUUCAUUCUCAGUGUCCUCACCAUCCUCAUCCUCACCCUCCUCAUCCUCGUGGUCCUCAGGAUCCUCAGCCUCAUCAUCUUCAUCCUCAAAGUCCUCGGCUCCACCAUCCUCAUCCUCCGAUCCUCAGCCUCAUCUUCUUCAUCCUCAUCGUCCUCGGCUCCACCAUCCUCAUCCUCCUCAUGGUCCUCAUCUUCAUCCUCAGGAUCCUCAUCCUCCUCAUCCUCACCAUCCUCAUCCUCAUGGUCCUCAGGAUCCUCAGCCUCAUCUUCUUCAUCCUCAUCCUCCUCAUCCUCACCAUCUUCAUCUUUAUGGUCCUCAGCCCCACCAUCCUCAUCCUCACCAUCGUCAUCUUCAUCCUUACGGUCCCCAUCUUCACCAUCUUCAUCCUCAGGAUCCUCAGCCUCAUCCUCCUCAUCCUCACCAUCAUCAUCCUUAUGCUCCCUGCCCCAUCAUCUUCAUCCUUAUGGUCCUUAA